CGCUGGGGCCGCUCCUUUCUGAUGGAAAAGGAGCAGCUGUGAAGGUGCUGUUUCAGGCUCUUGCUGGUAUUAAAGAGGAAAAAAAAAUAGUAGCUUGCACUGGAGAGGGGGAAAUGGGUCAUGUGAUGCCAGCCAUCCUACCCUAUGUCACAGUUUGGAGGAGCACUGAUUGCUCUUAUCCAAUCAUGCCUGGAAUGCCGCUUGCCACUUGGGCUAUUUCUGCUGCCUGUCGCUAUCAGUACAGCAGUGCUAACAGUUUGGCAGAUGGGACACUUUUUCUUGGAGUUUAUGUCUUUAGUUCUUAACUUCUGGCAGUGCCUGGACUCGUUGCUGUAUCCCCCACUCUCUUUUCUCCUGAAACUAUGGCCCAUCGGCUGCGGUUUCAUUUUGGCUCUGGACGAAGCAACACCGCUCCCGAGUCAGAGAUCCUCGACCGUGAGAGAGAAGACGAUGACUUUUUCAUGGCAUGCCACACUUUGCCAAGAAGAAACGGGCCUCAUCCUUUCUCCAGGCGCAGGACAGAGUGCGGGGAUGGCAGCGGCGAUUUGCAGGAAGCAGGGUCCUUGAAAAGGAGCACCUCCAUGUUUAUUCCUCAGCUCCUCAACAGUAUUGAUACACGGCCCACGAGGAGCUCAUCAAUGCAGAUUUCCCUCCAGCGCAAAGCUGUAAAUGGGCAUGCCGAUGAAUGUGGGGGCACAGAAUCCUCUCCAGAUGAGACGUGUAACUUUUCAGAUUUUGGGGAGCAUUACACAUCUCUUGAUAAAAGCCAUUCUUCUCCAAACAGUCAACAGGUCACCCCAGAGAAUUCGCCACUCAGGGAAGCAGAGAGCCCAGAGGUUAAUGAAGGGCCUGCUAAUCACAGGAUAUUUUGUACCAUCCCUUCCAAUAACUGGAAUGACAGUGGUGGAGCCACUGGACAGGAUGAUGAAGGAAACAAAACCGCAUUGGGAUUAAACAUUGGUGGGGUAAGGAUUCAGCAUCGGGCUUCAAGUGUGGACAUGCCUCAUGUUACACUGAUGCCAUUUGACUCAGAGGCUCCGAAUAAUGGCUCAGCCUCAGAACCGAGACGCUGGUCUUUGCAACAUUUGCCAGAGGGCACAGCCAAUUCAGGAAAGAAAUUCUUUGUUUUCCAAUUGCAGCAGCCUCAGGUGAACAGUACAGGGACAGAUUACAAUUUUGGCUUUACGGGAACGAAAGGGGAUAGGUUGGUCAGGUAUCCACGGAUACGUCUGGAGAGGAGUACCUCAUAUCCAGUUCAUCCACAGCCAGAACGCAUCAGCCCCGUGGAGGACGAUGGUGUGAAUUCAACACUUCACGGAAAUAGCAGGAAUGGCUCUGAAAAAUGCAGAAGCAAUUCAGUGGAGCGGGUUUCUCCAGGGCAAGGAUGCAUGUUUAAAAUCCUCCCAGAUCAAAACUCAAGGCAGCAGCACUUCAGAAUUCUUGUAACUCGUGGGAUUAAUGAGAAAGGUCAAGGUUCUGGACAGGUGGAUCCAACUGGUUCUGUUCCUGUUGGGGCUAAUUCAUCAACCAGAGACGACUUCCUGGGUCAAGUGGACGUGCCACUCAACCAUCUUCCAACUGAAGAUCCAACCAUGGAAAGGCCAUAUACAUUUAAAGAUUUCCUUCUCAGGCCAAGAAGUCACAAGUCUCGAGUAAAGGGAUUUUUGCGACUGAAGAUGGCUUACAUGCCAAAGAAUGGUGGCCAAGAAGAUGACAAUGAUCAGAGGGAGGACUCUGAGCAUGGCUGGGAAGUGGUUGACUCCAAUGAUUCUCCCUCUCAGCGCCAGGAGGAGUUACCACCACCUCCCUUGCCUCCUGGCUGGGAAGAAAAAGUAGACAACCUUGGGCGUACCUACUAUGUCAAUCAUAACAACAGGACAACACAAUGGCACCGACCAAGUUUAAUGGAUGUGGGAUCCGAAUCAGACAACAACAUCAGGCAGAUAAAUCAAGAGGCAGCCCACCGAAGGUUUCGAUCCAGGAGACACAUUAGCGAGGAUUUGGAUCCAGAGCCUUUGGAGGGUGGAGAGGUACCUGAACCUUGGGAAACCAUUUCAGAAGAAGUCAAUGCAAACAGUGAUUCCUUAAGUCUGUCCUUGCCACCUCCACCUGCUUCGCCCAUUUCUCGGACCAGUCCUCAAGAGCUAUCUGAUGAACUGAACCGAAGACUUCAGAUCACUCCUGAUUCCAAUGGGGAACAACUUUCUUCUAUGAUUCAAAGAGAUCCUUCUGCAAGGUUAAGGUCUUGCAGUGUAACUGAUGCAGUUGCUGAGCAGUCCCAUUUAACACUGCCGAGUGGCCCAUCUAGGAGAGUCCGUUCUUCAACUGUCACUGGUGGUGAAGAGUCAACGCCAUCAGUGGCCUAUGUACAUACUACACCGGGCUUACCUUCGGGCUGGGAAGAGAGGAAAGAUGCUAAGGGACGUACUUAUUAUGUCAAUCAUAACAACCGAACCACAACUUGGACUCGGCCUAUUAUGCAGCUUGCCGAAGAUGGUGCAACUGGGUCAACCUCAAACAGUAACAAUCAUCUAACUGAACCUCAGAUAAGACGGCCUCGUAGCCUCAGUUCUCCCACAGUAACAUUAUCUGCACCACUUGAGGGACUUCUGAAGGAGUCUCCAGUACGAAGAGCUGUGAAGGACACCCUUUCUAAUCCACAAUCUCCACAGCCUUCUCCCUAUAAUUCUCCAAAACCACAGCAUAAAUUGACACAAAGCUUCUUACCUCCUGGCUGGGAGAUGCGAAUAGCACCUAACGGCAGACCUUUCUUCAUCGACCAUAACACAAAGACCACUACAUGGGAAGAUCCACGGCUGAAAUUCCCAGUGCACCUGCGAUCAAAAGCUGCUUUAAACCCCAAUGACUUGGGUCCCCUCCCCCCUGGUUGGGAGGAAAGGAUACAUUUGGAUGGAAGAACGUUUUAUAUAGAUCAUAGAAGCCAGGUGUUGAUAUGUGGCGACAUUCAUACCCGAGACUUAGUGCCCACUUACGAUAAUAAAAUUACCCAAUGGGAAGAUCCCAGACUGCAAAAUCCUGCCAUUACUGGUCCAGCUGUUCCCUAUUCCAGAGAGUUUAAACAGAAAUAUGACUACUUCAGAAAGAAGUUAAAGAAACCAGCUGAUAUACCCAACAGAUUCGAGAUGAAACUUCACAGAAAUAAUAUUUUUGAAGAAUCGUAUAGAAGAAUCAUGUCAGUGAAGAGACCAGAUGUAUUAAAAGCCAGAUUAUGGAUAGAGUUUGAAUCAGAAAAAGGCCUUGACUAUGGAGGUGUGGCCAGAGAAUGGUUCUUCCUGUUAUCCAAAGAAAUGUUCAACCCUUAUUAUGGCCUCUUUGAAUACUCAGCAACUGACAACUACACUCUGCAGAUCAAUCCAAAUUCGGGUCUUUGCAAUGAAGAUCACUUGUCUUACUUCACCUUCAUUGGGCGAGUUGCUGGACUGGCAGUGUACCAUGGGAAGCUUUUAGAUGGUUUCUUCAUUAGGCCUUUUUACAAGAUGAUGCUGGGGAAACCAAUAACCCUGAAAGAUAUGGAGUCAGUGGAUAGUGAAUAUUAUAACUCCUUGAAAUGGAUCCUGGAGAAUGACCCUACAGAGCUGGAUCUCAUGUUUUGUAUAGAUGAAGAAAACUUUGGACAGACAUAUCAAGUCGACUUGAAGCCAAAUGGAUCAGAAAUCACUGUCACGAAUGAAAACAAAAGAGAAUAUAUUGAUUUAGUCAUCCAGUGGCGGUUUGUCAACAGGGUUCAAAAGCAAAUGAAUGCCUUUCUGGAGGGUUUUACAGAACUCCUGCCUACUGAUUUAAUUAAAAUCUUUGAUGAAAAUGAGCUGGAGUUGCUAAUGUGUGGUCUUGGUGAUGUUGAUGUCAAUGAUUGGAGACAACAUGCCAUCUACAAGAAUGGAUAUUGUCCAAACCAUCCUGUCAUUCAGUGGUUCUGGAAGGCUGUUCUGCUGAUGGAUGCUGAGAAACGUAUCAGACUACUGCAGUUUGUAACUGGGACAUCACGAGUGCCUAUGAAUGGAUUUGCUGAGCUUUAUGGUUCAAAUGGUCCUCAGCUGUUUACAAUAGAGCAAUGGGGAAGUCCUGAGAAAUUACCCAGAGCUCACACAUGCUUUAAUCGCCUUGACUUACCUCCAUAUGAAUCUUUUGAAGAAUUGCGAGAGAAGCUUCUUAUGGCUGUUGAAAAUGCUCAAGGAUUUGAAGGAGUGGAUUAAGAAGGAGCCACUUUCUGAUCUUCACUAUUAUUACUAUUAUUAUGAAAACAACUAUUCUGUUCACGGAGCAAGUUCUGCGUGCCCUUUUUGAUUUGUCUGACAGACAUUUGCAAGAGACAGUGGCAGAACAGUUGCACAGUGGUUGGUUCAUGGAGCAAACUCUUGUACAGUGCAGAUGUCUAAAUCCAGCAAUUGGAAGUAACUUUCUCUCACCUGUGGACAGUAUUUCUGAAAUUUCCACAGCAAAUUGCCAACUGGUUGAUGUGUACUCUGACUACAUUUCAGCAGGACUUGUUCUAUUUAUGUUGUGCCUCUGUAGGCAAAAGCCCUUAAUAAAUGUUUUACAUACUUUCUAAUGACAAUGAAUGGAAUUAAUCAUUUUACAGGUAUAGUAUUACAGCUCAUGUUUACUUUUUAAAAAUGAUUUAGACUUUUUCAAAUUUUAUUUCACUACAAUUAAAAAAAAUCAUAUACUGGAAAAUUGAGCUCUUUUGUUUUCCUCUUAAUUUGUUUAGAUUAGAUGCCAGUGGCAUUUUAUUAUCAAAAGUCCCUCAUUGUGUUGUUUUAGCCUUAUGCUGUCAAUCUUUUGGAAUCGUAGAAACAACCCUUUUGUAUGAAAUUUUCUGCAGAUUGGAAAUAUUAUCAGAAAAUACCUUAUGCCUUUUAAUUGUAUACAGCAAGCCUUCACAGAUAGCAGACAGAAAACAGAACUGGUGGUUUGGAUGUACAGUAAUUUAUAGAUCAACAGAAUAUAUACAGGAGGAUCAUAAUAUAAAACCGCAUGCCAAAUCUCUCACUCAAUAAAGAAAUUGCCUCACUAUUCCUUAAUAAUAUUUAUAUGUAUUAUAGCUUUUUUGGUGAUGGGGUUGGCAUUAUUGUCAUGGGGGAAAUGCUUAAUCCUGUUACAUACCUUUGUAUAGUGACUGUUCUAGCAAUCCUCUCCUCCUUAUAUUAGAGGCAUUUUGAAAUCCUGGCACUGCUUGAUUUGGGGACUUUUGAAAAACUAGGUCCACAAAGUCUUCUAUAUGUAUGCAUUUGCUAUGGUAUCAUUAUAAUAAGGAUCCCUCCUCCUUUAUUUUUAACCGCACCGGUUCUAGAAGCACUUUAUGUACCACAUGGAGCUCAUAUCUUUUUUAUUUUUAUUUUUUAAAUCAUGAACACUGAUGUGGUGAUAUAUCUUUCCCUGCCCAUGUCUUUUUGAUGCAAUGCCUUUUCAGUUGUGAAUUUGGCGGUGGCUGAUAGAAGUAAAGCAAACGAAACUAUAGUGUUGAACUUGAAAGCACUAAUUGUAUUUGUGUGUUUGAGUUUCUUUCUUUUUUUCUACCCAACCAGGAUUUCUUUAAUACAUGAGGUUAUUGAAUCACUUUUGUAAUCUUUGACAUGUUGCAUGACUAAACAAUAUGCUUAACUUGUAACUCUUAUGUACCAGAUUAAAGGGGAAGAAGCUGACAUGGUAACCCCGAUCAACCUGAAAAGGAAUUGUAGGAGCAGUGGGAGAUAUAGCAGAGCUGAUUCUGUUCAGCUGCGUGUCUUUAGCUAUCUAAGGCAAAAUCGGCAAGGGAGCCUCAAUCCCAAUGAGGCUGUAACCUCAGAUACAUUUUACUAGGGAAUAAGAUUACUGGAUUUAGUGAGAUUUGCUUCUGAAUAAAAAUGUAUAGGAUCAUGCUGCAUAGGUGUUUUCCUGAGCUAGAAAACAUUACUUUAUUUGGUCUACAGCUUCCAGAAUCUCCUGACCAGCAUAGCCAGUGCCCAAAAAGCAAUUAUUUUCAAACUGGCAAUUUCCAUAGGCAAUUUGCAUUUUCUUAAAUUGUUACCUGACAAAAUCAUGAUCAUGCACCCAGUCUUUUAAAUUCAUUUCCCCUUCCCUUCUUGCUACAGUAUUUCCGUCCUUUUCUUUAAAAAUAAAGCAAGAUAAAGGGAGAUAUACAGUGAAUGUCUAAUGGCAAAGUUUAGCACCUCCCCUUCCUCCAGUGCCUUAAAUUUCCUUCACAACUUACCUAUUUCAUAAGAAUUUCUGACAAUCCAAUCUUCACCUAUGGGUCUGCUCAGUAUGGAAAACAUACAUUUUUGGAUUAUAACUCCAAAAUCUACAAACUGCUAAUCAUACUGGCUGUGAGUUUGUGGACAUUUUAGUUCUAAAAAGUAAAUGUCCCAUGCUUGGUUUGCUCCUGUUGCCUUGGCCCUGUGGCAAUUCAUUGUGUCUUUGCAUCUCAGUGUACUUAACAGUCCCAUCCUAGACAUGUGUACUGAAGGGAAAGUCCCACUGAGUUUAAUUGAGCCUAGUUACAGGGAAAUAUGUAUAGAAUUGCAACCUAGGAAACAAAAAAAAGUAAUUUUUAUUUUAGACAAAGUCAUGAUGCAUGGCAAAAUAAUGGUAGGAGUUGAGGAGACAAAUUGAAUUUUUCUUUCAAAAACCAAAAAGUUGUUUAACCUUGCUAGUUUCCCUGCCCCACCAGAAUGCCUGCACACAUGUUUCUAUUCCAGAAAAAAACCUUGUAUUUUGCACCUUCAACAGUUCUGGUGGUUGCAUUUCCUUUAUAUUGUUUUGCAUCUAUACCCCAGACACCACAUCAAAGAAACAGUGAGUAGAGACUCAAGAUUUUUAGUCAUAAAGACAAUUUUUGCAAAAGGAAGGGCCAUCCGGGCAGAAGUAAAGCAUAAGGCAGAGGUGGGGAAAGCAUUCAGUAUAUCAUAUUUGUGGUUCUUAAGGCCACUUAAAAUGUUUUUUUUUAAAAAAAAACUAAAAACAUCCCCUACACCUCAUAGUAUUUGGUAGUAAGUAUUUUUAUUUCAUCUUCUCCAUCACCCUGAGGUGGUGGAAGCCCAGGAGUCUUUUUCCCAAAACAAGAAGUUACUUCCUAUCCUUUCCUAUUCUGGGAAAAGGCUUUUCUUGCAUGAAACCCAGCCCAGGCUAGCAAAGGCAAGACAAAACUGCCCCAGAUGAUGUGGCCAGCCAUUUUGAGUAAAAGAAAGAAAGAAAGAAAGAAUCAAAAACAAUAUUUUGUAGAGGUGACCUUUUCACAAAAAGUGGGUCUCGGAAAGUUGCCCACCCCUGAUUUAGGGGUGGUGCAUUGUUCCUGGAAACAACAGUAGAGUUUGAACAGCCCCCUCAUAUGAGAUGUCAUAUUCCCAUUAAAAACAAAUUCUUUACCUUCUUAAGCCUGGCUUGACUCUGCCUGGAGAAACAGAACAAUAAAGUGCCAAAUUCUCUAUUCCAUAUUUUCAAGAUUUUCUGUGAGUGUAGCUGGUUUUGUUUUGUUUUUAGAUAAAACUGGAUCUGAAACAAAACAUUUAGUCCAGUUCCAAGACUAGUAUAGUGCAUCUCAUGAGAGAGAAAACUUAUGUGAAUGUAUUCUUGAUAGGAUGGCAAACAGGUUGAGCCUCAAAAUUCAAAGAUGUAGCUGUGUUAGUCUGUAGAAUCAGUAUGUCUGUAGAAUCAGCUUUGAGACUAA